AUUUUCUACGUCAUUUUUCUGCGCCCGGGAUGCUUGUUUGGCUCGUUACAAUGAAACUUUAACCUUAUAACUACAUUUUGGAACACCAUAAAGAUGCCUCUUCCUCCUGCUCUACUUGCACGUCUCGCUAAAAGAGGAAUCGUGAAAAAGUCUGACCACGAAGCCGAAGAGGAGAUCAUCGCUGAAGACUAUGACGAUAACAACUUAGACUAUGAGGCUACAAUGCUCGAGAAUUUACCCACCAAUUGGUACAAAGUGUUUGACUCCGUUUGUGGUCUUCCGUACUAUUGGAAUAUAGAAACAGACUUGGUGAGCUGGCUGUCCCCCAAUGACCCUGCUGCUGUCAUCACCAAGGCUACUAAAAAACAGAAAGGUGAGACUGGACUCAACAAAGGGGACAGCCAGAACGAGAAGCCAGAGAGAGAGAGGGAACGAGACAGAGAGCGUGUUUGGGAUAAAGAGCGGGACAGAGACAGGGAGGAUGGACGGGACAGAGAUAGAGACCGAGAUCGGGACAGAGAUCAUGAUAGACGAAUGCGAAGAGAAGACAGUGGACCAUACAACAAAUCAAAGAGAGGAGGAAGUCGGAAACCCCAGCAGGAGGAAAUGGAUCCUAUGGAUCCCAGUGCCUAUUCAGAUGCUCCAAGGGGCUCAUGGUCCACUGGCCUCCCCAAACGUAAUGAGGCAAAGACAGGGGCGGACACCACAGCAGCAGGACCCCUGUUCCAGCAGAGGCCGUAUCCCAGUCCUGGAGCUGUCCUCAGGGCAAAUGCUGAGAAUAUAAGACGCCUGGAGGAAGACGAUGAGGAUGACUGAGCAGGAAUAGUGUCUAUAAAGCCUUUAUGAUGAUAGUUUAAUAACAUGUUGUAAAUGUGAAAACUAAAGGCUUUUACAAGUUUUUUUUUUUUACUCAUGGGCCAUAGCUUCAUUUGUAAAUAUACCAUGUGUUGUGUUAUACAUUUGAAAACAGUUUGCCACUUUAGAUUGUGAACAUGUCA